CCUCCACCUUGGCGGGCGCGGCACGGAGCGCUCUGAGGGAGCGUUGGGCGCGGAGCGCGGCGGACUCCGGGCGGGCAGGGAAGGGCGAGCGAGCCGCAGGGAUGAGGGGAGAUUCUUACUUCUUUGGAAUGUGGGGCCUUGGCCACUAUGGCUGCAUCCCGGAGGAUGGAGGACAGUUCCUGCUCUACUCUAUCAACGGAGACAACGGCCUAAAGAGAUGUUUUGCAGAGGAAGAUUUUCAUGAAAUAAUUGAUUUCAAUGAUCUCCCAAAUUCUCUCUUCGCCUGUAAUGUCCACCAGUCUGUGUUUGAGGAUGAGGACAGUAAGGAGAAAUUUGAAGGUUUGUUCCGUGCCUAUGAUGACUGCGUGACAUUUCAGCUGUUCAAAAGCUUCAGGCGUGUGCGGAUAAAUUUUAGCAGUCCCAAAUCAGCUGCUCGUGCCAGAAUAGAGCUGCAUGAAACACAGUUCAGAGGGAAGAAGUUAAAGUUGUAUUUUGCACAGAUUCAGACCUCUGAGACAGAUGGAGACAAGCUUCAUUUGGCACCACCACAGCCUGCAAAACAGUUUCUCAUCUCGCCUCCAGCCUCCCCACCUGUAGGGUGGCAACCAAUAGAUGAUGCAACACCUGUCAUCAACUACGACCUCCUUUACGCAGUUUCUAAGCUUGGGCCAGGAGAGAAAUACGAGCUGCACGCAGGAACAGAGUCCACUCCCAGUGUGGUAGUGCACGUUUGUGACAGCGACAUGGAAGAAGAUGAGGACCCAAAGAAUUCUCCAAAGCCAAAAAUCAUUCAAACUCGACGCCCCGGUGUGCCGCCGCCUGUAUCUAACUGAGCCUCUCCGGCAGAAGCAGCACUUCUCUCUCCUCCAGCACAGCUCUUGAUUUUUGUUUGCUUUGUUCUGUUGAAAGGCAGCCUUUGCCUUCUGAGCACCGGGACAUUAAGGUCAUUGAAACCCCUUCACAGUAAUCAAGCCUCUGUAACAAAAGGGCUAGGAAAAAAGUCUUUGUACUUGCAACCAUAUCACACACACCAACUAAUAGAUCUAGCUGGAAAGGACAAAACAAGGCUGAGGAAACAAGGGAAGGUUUCAGUCUGAGGAUCUUUUCACAGCUAUAAUUUGCAUGCUGAAACACCACUACCAGAGAGAUGUUGGGGUGGGAAUUAGGCCAGUGUCAGGCUUGAUACUCAAACUCCCAGGAUUGCUACUGCCCUUCAUGAAGCAGCCUGCUCCUCUGCCCUCCUCACUUCCCAACAGACCUUAGUCUUUUCCCUUUUCUUUUAAGGGGGGUAGGUGUGUUGUUUUUACUCUACUAGCAGCUUGGUGGCCUUUGCACUCUCUGGAAUUUUCUGUAAGGAAUACUAUCUUUGCAACAUUUUCAGGAACAACAGAAAAUAACCCUCUUCCAGCAAUAGCUGUAGAGAACAGUGGUCUGAAGUGGUGGCAGGGAUGUGAGAGGGAGCUCUCUGGGCUGAGGGGAGAGGCAGCAGCUGCUGGGGGGAUCUGGUCAAUCCUUCUCUCUGGGGAGAAGGGAGCCAGAAUAUCAGUAGGGAUUGUCAGUUUAUUAAGGGAUGAGUGGUGCUUCUCUCUGGUCUGAGGAAGAGGAGCUGACUGACUGCUCAUAUAAGAUGGGAUUCCUUGCUCUUUGUCAUAGCUGUACGUUCCAGUACCAUUACAGGCUGAAUGCUUUCCUAGUGGUGUGGUGAAUAGCCCUGAAAUUGUUAGUAAUUACUUGCACAUCUCUAAUAGUCAGCCCUUUUCCCUUCCCAUGUCCUGUGCUUCAAAACCAUUUUUGAGCUGUAUGCAGUUUGGGUUUGUGGAGGUGAGCAGAGGUUGAAAUUAUUUUGUUUUGGGUUUUUUUUCUCUUUUUUUUAGGCCAAAGAAAACAGGACCAUAAUUACACACUUGAAAUUAGACUGCAUGCAACUGAAUCCCCUUUUUUCACCCCAUCCUGCAUGUUUCUUUCACUUGCAAUAUAUACUGGGUUACAAAAACUGUUCUGUGUUUGCAUCAUGGCUGACAGCAGACAGAUCCCGGAUUCCCUGUCUGGCAGACCUUCCAUGAUGAUUUAUUUUUUUAAUGCAUACUUGUCAUUUUGAGAACAUAUUUUCUAGACAUUUGAGCUCAGAUUUUGCAUAUAUUUAAGCAUGCGCUUAAUUUAUGCACAUGAGUAGUUCCACUGAAAUUAAUACUGCAGAAACUGAGCGUAUGUGUAAGGUAUGGUGGGAUUUUUAAGCUAAUUAGCUGCAGCUGUACUCCCCAAAGUGACUAUAAAAUGGCACAGUGAGCUUCCAUGGUUUAAAAUCCUUUACAGCUUAAAGUAAGUAAAUACAACUUGGAAGCUUAUUCUAGGAUCUGAAAAGUCAGCUUAGGUUCUGUAAUCAAGAUUUUUGUCGUAAAACUUAAUGAUCUGGUUUGUGACGGAGGGUUCCAUCACAUCCUUAAUUAGCAGUGAUGCUACAAGGCUUCAGCAGAGUCAAGUCCCCCUUGCAGGGGUCUUGGCUCAGCAGCACUUCCAGGACAAAGGUGUGUUGCUCUGUCAGUGAGGACAGGAGAUGGCAUUCCUAAAGUGCAUGGUGAGGACAUCUGGGGACUUGUCAUUCUCAAAUAGUUCAGCCUCCAGCCACCACAGGCCCCCGGUGUUCCUGAUGAGAUGUAAUUCUUAACUCAGCACAUUUCUAUAAUGUGAUCAUUGUUACUGCAUUAUGGACAUCGUGUGCAUGUUACACUGAUAGAAUACUGCUCAUUAAAUACAGCAGAGACUGAACAGAAAAUGGGGCUUUGGUAUCUUUAUGAUAUCUGUGUGAAGUUUCCUUCAAGUGACUCCUUAGAGGUGCCACUUCAAUUAUUUUUUCAGUGAUUCAUUUAAAAUUGGUUUAAGCAAACAAACUGUCACUCACAGGCCUAAGAAUGUAUCCUGUUGAAAGCACCUUCUUGGGCCUCAAACUAUAUUCCAAGAAUAACACCACUGGCUUUUUUGAGAACACCCACUCAGUGCUGAUGUCCCUGGGGUUUAGUUUAGUUCAGUAUAAACAGGGACAGUAAUAUUUAAACAUGUAAAUUAUCAGAUAUCAUUGCUAAUGGAUUUUUUUACAGGCAAGACCAUAGGAGGCCAAAUCUUGUCCUUGUAUCCAUGUCCUCAAACUUUGGAGAGACAUGGUUCUGAACUAAGUACUUUGGCCUCAAAUGAUGUAAAGCUACACUGCAAAUUAAAGCACUGGACCUUAAAUGUUCUUUCCUCAAAGUGCAUUUUCAAACAGAUUUGAAAUGAGGCCCCAUUCAGUGACUACUCUGUGCUUUGUAAAGCUGUGUGGUACUACCCAGGAGGCAGCAGGACACGGCUCAUUGCUUGAAGCACUGAAAUAGAAACACAAUUACAAACCUGGAAAUUCAAAGCAGCCUCUAUGAUCAAAGCUUAUUUAUCACCUGUAUGUGAUACAAUAAUGGUCAUCAUUAAAAAAAAACCCAAAAAAACAAAACAACAAAACAGUGUUUUAUGUAUUACGAAAUUAUGUCCCUAUCAUCAAAGUAUCAGCAUUUGUGACUCUUGAGAGAAGCUAGUGUUUUACUAAAGGCUGGUUCUUGCCUGACA